AUGGGGUUCUCCAAAUGCAAUGGAAAGAAUUCCGGGCAGUUUAGGAUGGCCUAUUGUGGGAGAAAGUUUUUCGUUCCUCUCUUAGUUCUCGAUUCCUGCAGGCAUAUUCAGUUUCAUGUACAAGAGACAACAAAAGUACGGUUCAUGACUGGGAGAGAAGCUAGCAAGAUAAUGUUAACAGGCAAAGACAGGCUAGUGAGCUUGAAUCUCUUUCACAGGAAAGCAGGUCCUUGGGCCGACAAGCUUGCUUCCACAGACGGGAGAAGUCACAAAAGAAUUCGCCGAAUGAUUGCAGCCCCCCUUUCAGUCGAUUGCCUAAAACACUAUUUCCCGUUUAUCAACAAUUUGGCAAUAGAGAUGUCGGAUCAAUGGAGUGGACGCAACAUGAUAAUGAGUUUAGAGCCAGAUGGUGAGGAGCAGGAGAAGUUCCGAGAACUUCAUGAUAUUCUAUGUAACAGAGAGAAUGGAUCAAGUCUUACCUGGUCGGAAGUUAAACAAUAUGCCAUACACCAACAAAGUUAUCUGCAUCCUUAA